GAUUUCCCGUACCCAAACAUUUGCCAGAUGGAGAAGAAGGUUGUGAGGAAGAGGAAGAUUCCCUGGGACCCCGAGGCAGAGCAGGAGCUGAGGAUGGAGACCAGGAAGGACAAAUCCCUGCAGCAGAACCUCAUGGAAGAGGCCGUUUUGAGUGGCUCCACAGCACAAGAAUCCAACAGGGAGGAAAAUCCCUGGACAUCCCACAGGAGGAGGGGCUGCAAACCCAGCCCUGGGUGCUGUGAGGAGGAAAGCCCCACUCUGGGCCAGGAAGGUGGGCAGAGCUUCAGCCAGAGCUUGGAGCUGUUGGUCACUGACAGGCUUCAGGAUGGGGAGAAGCCCUACAAGUGUGGGGAGUGUGGGAAGAGCUUCAGCCAGAGCAACAAUAUGAAACGACACCUGAUGAUCCACACUGGGAAAUGGCCCUACAAGUGUGGGGAGUGCUGGAAGGGCUUCAGGCAGAGCAAUAAUCUGAAACGACACCUGAUGAUCCACACUGGGGAAUGGCCCUACGAGUGUGGGGAGUGUGGGAAGGGAUUCAGCUGGAGCUACCACCUUGUCAGCCACCAACGCAUCCACACUGGGGAGAGGCCCUAUGAGUGUCCCGAGUGUCAGAAGAGGUUUAAGACCAGCUCCAAUCUCUUCAAACACCAGCGGAUUCACACCGGGGAGAGGCCCUUCCACUGCCCAGACUGCAAGAAUGGCUUCAAGCAAAACUCCUACCUCAUCACGCACCAGCGCAUCCACUCCGGGGAGAGGCCCUACAUGUGCCCCUCUUGUGGGAAGAGGUUUCAGAGCAGCUCAAAUCUCCUCCUCCAUGAGUGGAUUCACACCGAGGAGAGGCGCUUCCUCUGCCCCGACUGUGGCAAGGGCUUCAAGCACAACUGCAACCUUGUCAGACACCAACGCAGCCACUGGUAA